UACACGUAAGCCCAAUUACCGUGAUAUUGUUAUAAACACAUGCGCCCGCGCACAUGCACCUUUGCCCCUGUGUAAACGAUAGAGAUCGCAUCAUCAUCAUGAAGUGCUGCUUGGUACUGGCUUCCUUGCUUAUAGCUUGCUGGGGGAAAGAUCUAGUUGCCCAAGAUUCAUACAUUUGGCCCGUAGAGAUGUUUCCCAGGGGGAAAGAGUACCAAGACGCCGAGCGGGUGAACGAGUACUACGCGCCAGAACAUGAUGUUUAUUACGACAGCCGAAUAGGCAGACAUGGCCUCGGAUUCGAAAAGAGAUACGCAAGAGCCUCAGGUCUCCGCAUGCCCAUCACUGAGGAUAGCAUCCAGCAUGUUGGCUACAGACUACUCAAGAAGGAAGACAUUUACACGCCUCUAUAAUUACAACUAUAAAUCUUAGCAUGAGGCACAUUUAUUUUACUUAUAUUUAUUUUACGCCCAAUUGAAAUUUUAUUUUGGUUGUAUUUGUCUACAGUUUGUAUUAUGGACACUGAUAUAAAUAUUUAAUACCUAUUUAACGUUACGUCGUUGGCAUAAAGGAAGACACGCAGGAAAAUUGCUUAUGUGUGGCUGUUCGCACUGCGCAGAGCGGGAAAUCUUUAAUUUAAAUUUGAUAUUCGUUAACGAUUAUUACCAGUUCCAAGAUUCUUACCACGCUGUGACUUUGACUCAACCCGUGACCUCGCAUCGGGAGAAGAAUAAAAAGCGAUUCAGAAACCUGGCAUUUGUCGUCGUCGGUCAGUAAAUUAUUUU